GUUGGCCUUCUGCUACGACCGAAGUACUACCAUCAAUCCGUCAGACCUAAUGCGCGUUGUACCGUGAGACAGGAAAGUUAGCCGUUAUGCGCGACUGCGUAGUCCGAUCCCAAAGCUUUCUGGUUGCUGUCUAACCAUCGGCGAGCACUACAUUUGCGGCGUUGCUGCGGGCUCACUGAUUCACGCGAAUUUUUUACCGCGGCUGGGCUCAUCUUAGUCCAGGCACUGCGGGCAGCAGAGAUGUCGGUCAGAAGCAUCCAAGCUUAGUACGCAGACGUUACACCAUCGGCCUUAGUGGCCCAGCUUACGCAGCUAUGGCGUUUAGAUUACUACUCCAUUUAGAGAAUCGGCCUUCCCGCCCUAGCACUGUUCGGAAAUAGUAGCUCAGCAGCGUAUGGGGACGUGAUGCUACUAGAUUUUAAACCUACUUAUUGCUCUGAGGCGCCUCGGAAGGUGUUCCACAUUCUAAAGACCUCUUGACCAUCUAACGUUAGGUACUAGUAAUACCUAUUAAAUAGUAGCAUUUAGUAACCCCAUCCACCGCAAGAUGUGGGUUCUAAGGCGCAUCAAGAGCCAGUUCCAGCAGAGCCAGCAGCAGAGCAAGCCGCGGCUCGACCAACCGCUAAGCUUCACUACAGUCACAGACGUCGGCUCCGCUAGCAAACUAAAAAAACCAGCCGUUGGAUCUGUAUCAACGGCGUCUAGCGGCUCCGCCUCGGGAGCAGGCUCGGCAUCCGGCUCGGGAUCAGGUUCGGGGCUAUGGAAGGCCAUGCCGGAGGGUGUUCGCAAGUACUAUGUGGUUCUGCUGAAUCUUAUUCUGCUCUUCUUAAUCGCCUGGCAAGCGUCGCCGUACGCGAGCAGUAGCUACUACUAUGGCGCCAGCGCCGGCGGGAAGUGGAUGAUGCUAUCGAAGGACAGUGUACUGAAUUCCGUCGCCACUGACGCCAAAGAGGCGUCGCUGGAUUCGUCCGAGUGGUCGCUCUCCGACAAGCUCGUCGCAGGGCGACCAGAAGCAGUCGCAGGCGACGGAACAGGGUCGCAUGAAGGGGGGAGCGGCAGUGCGGGUGGGGGGAAGCCUUUCCCCGAGGUGAAGGAGGAGCUAGAACACAUUUGCUGGACCUCCUCAGACCGUAGCAAGGGCCACACACUGGUUCCGCGCUCUCACCUCCCCCGGGGGUGGUGGUGGGCGGAAGGGGGUGUGCGGGGUGCGUGCGUGGAAAGGAGUGUGGGAUGCGCGUGUGGAUCAACGCCCCUGCCAGCUGGGUGCAGGUGUACCCCAACGCCAGCUGGUGGAAAAAGGACAUGACCCUCAUCCUCAAGGGCCCCUCUCUCUCCCAUGGUGACGUGCGCUGCCUUGACCCACCCGCCUGCACCCAGUUCGCCCUCACGUAUCGCCUCUGGGACGUGGGGCAGUACAGGGCAUUUCUGGGUGUCGGCUGCGCUAAUCUAAGGUUCGCCCCCAACUACAAGCAGCACCUGAGUCAGACGCACCUCCACGUGGUCACGUCCUGGAACCUCACCAUCACGCCUCAGAAGAGAGACGCCCUCUGGGCUAACAGCUCCCUUGCUGCUCCUGCCACUGCUGCUGCUACUUUGCCUCUAUUCCCCGCUGCCGCUGCCGCUUCUUCUGCUGCUACUGCAGCUACUACUGUUACCACUGCUGCCGCUGCUGCUGCGGGCACUAGUGCUACUGCUGCUACUGCUGCUACUGCUGCUACUGCUGCAAACACUGCCGAUGUCAACGGAGAAGCUGUUAGUAGUAAAGCGAUCAGUAGCAGCAGCAGCAGCUCCAGCGAGAUAGGCGACAAUACGAAUCAGAGCAUUAGUUCUGGCGCCGCAACCAACGUUAGCAGCAGCACCAGUCUUCGCCGAUUCUUGAGUGUCACCAGCCAGGAGGAGGUGCAGCAGAGUGAGGAGAGGAGCAGAGGGAGAGGCACAGAAGGGAGGGGCCUGUUAGAGAUUGGGACAAAGGAUGAGGGAGAGGAGGAUGAGGAUGAGGAGAAGCUGCCAGUCACACCGUGCCAGGUGUCAGGCAUCAAGGGACGAUGGGUGUUGUCGAAGACAGGCGGAUUCGAGUGGCGCUUUUUCCCCUGUUCGCCUAAGGAGCCAAAGCAGCCGUCAGGGUGGGUGUCUCAGCUGGUGCGGAAGGGCAUUCACGAGAUCAACAUUGUGGGCGACUCGCACCAGCGUGUGCUGUCGUUUCACCUGAGAUACCUCCUGUCAGGUUUUGCGGACGAGCGCAUGGUGCGAUCACAUGAGGACAUGAACUUCACUCUUACGGACGAGCGCACGGGGAAGCAGCUGCGGGUCAACUUCUACUGGGUGGACGGCAUCUACAGGAACCGGGAGUACGGCUGCGUGUUGAGGGGCCAGUACACGCACAACUACCACACCUUCCCCAACAUCUCCACCACGGCGAACGUGACAGUCAUCGAGGGCGGCUACUGGGCGGGCAAGUGGUGCGCCGAGCCGCUGCAAGCCCUCCGAGCGCGCCUCCCCGAGUACUUCAUCUGGGCGCUGCUCGCCUCCCGCGCCAACCGUGCCCGCGUCGUGUUCCGGACUCCACCGCCCGUCCCCAACGCCGGCUCCCAUUGCACGGAGUACGCUAUCAAGAGGAACUUUCCGGGGCCCGCCACGAACCUGUAUCUGGCCGCAGCCAAUCGGCACGCGCGACAGCUGGCCGCGUCGGUGACAAGGGGUGCUGAGAUGGCGGUGUUUGAUUCGUGGGCGGUGGAGGCGCCCCGGUAUGGCGACACGUGUCCGGGGGAUCAUCAUUACUCGUGCUUUUUGGGCGGGCAGAAACGGACAAAGCCGGUGGUUAGGGGAGCGGUAGGGGACGCAGUAGCGCGGACUUUCCUUCACUUUCUGCUGCAUUCGCUGCCUGUGGACAGUGAAACAGCAGCACAGAGGAACUCUUGAGACAGGGGCGGUGGAAGCUGCUGGUGCGUGGAAUUCCUAGCAUUUUUUCUGUACCUGCUUCCCAUAGAGAGUACGGUAGCAUUUUUUGGGUUGCGGAACAACCUAUUGCAAUCGAUCGGACAAGUUUAUUUCUCACCAAUUUUUCCAAUCUUUAAAAUAAUAAACCAGAUUUUUGUCAUU